AGUGUUAAAGAUGGGUAAAACUCCAUUUUAGCGUAUUUUAUUCUCCGCUUGUCGGUUACCUCCAGUUGAGCGUAUUUUAUUAUAAUAACCGAAACACACCAAAAACAUUAGGAAAACACGAUUUAUUUAUUUGUAUUGUAUCCGCUAAAAUGGAGUUUUACCGGAUGAUCUAAAUCGAGAUUUAGAUUUCUAGAAUCCACAAGCUUUCAAAAUGGCGGAAAACAGUUACCAUGAAGCUGCUGGAGUAGACAAUAUUCUACUUGUCACUGACUCGUAUAAAGUGACCCACCAUUUACAAUAUCCACCAAACACCAGCACUGUGUAUUCAUAUUUUGAGAGCAGGGGAGGAAAGUUCCCAACCACAGUCUUUUUUGGCCUGCAAUACAUUCUGAAAAGAUGGCUGACUGGGCUGGUAGUCACAAAAGAGAAAAUCAAAGAGGCCAAACAGAUUUAUGCUGCUCAUUUUGGGCAGGAUGUGUUCAAUGAAGAAGGAUGGAAUUAUAUAUUAGAGCACCACAUGGGUUACAUCCCCUUAAGAAUAAAAGCAGUGCCAGAAGGCCUGGUGGUGCCCACUAGAAAUGUUUUGUUUACUGUGGAAAAUACAGACCCCAAGUGUUUCUGGCUUACUAAUUAUUUUGAGACAUUACUGGUCCAAGCCUGGUACCCCAUAACAGUGGCCACAAGCUCCAGGUACCAGAAGGAAAUUAUUGCAGGCUACAUGCAGGAAACUUCUGACAAUCUAGAUUGUCUCCCUUUCCAGCUUCAUGACUUAGGAUUCAGAGGAUGCUCUAGUGUUGAGUCUGCUGGUAUAGGUGGCGCUGCACAUUUGGUUAACUUUCAAAGCACAGACACAAUAGCUGCACUAUGUACAGCACAAAAGUAUUACCAUUGUAACAAUGCAGGUGUGUCACUCCCAGACACAGAACAUAGCACAAUCACAACUUGGGGAGAGCAUGGAGAAAAAGAUGGCUUCAAGAACAUGCUAGAAAAAUUCCCAACUGGGCUGGUGGCUUGUGUGAGUGACAGCUAUGACAUCUGGAACGCGUGCGAGAAGAUUUGGGGGGAGGAGCUAAAGGAAGUCAUUGUGUCUAGGGGGGACAAAGGCACACUGGUCGUCCGUCUUGACUCGGGUCAUCCUGCUGAAAUUGUUCUUAAAGUGCUAAAUAUAUUUGGUGAGAAAUUUGGUUACACUGAAAAUUCCAAGGGUUACAAAGUCCUGCCACCAUACAUCAGGAUCGUUCAGGGUGAUGGCAUCUCAUACGAGUCACUGGGAGAGAUCCUGGAGAACAUGAAGAGCAACAAAUGGAGCGCAGACAAUGUGGCCUUUGGUAGUGGGGGAGCUCUCCUACAGAGGCUGGACAGGGACACACAGAAGUGUGCCUUUAAGUGCAGCUAUGCUGUCAUCAAUGGGGAGGAGGUGAAUGUAUUCAAAGAUCCAAUCACUGACAGAGGUAAGAAGAGUAAAAAAGGUCGCCUGACACUGGAGAAGCAAGAUGACACAUUUGUUACAGUAGAGCAAGGGAAAGGGGAUACAGAAAAGGAUGUGAUGCAGUUUGUGUUUGAAAAUGGAAAACUUCUAAAAGAUUUCACAUUUGCGGAAGUUAGGAAAAAUGCUGAAAUUGACCUUCUACGGAAUGAAAAAUAAUCAAGUCAAGAAAGUGACUAUUAUACUGCUACAAAACUAUGCAAUCAUUCUAACGAAAACAAAUUUUGCUUUAAUAUUUUAUUAAGAUAAUUUUUAAUUAGGAAGGUGGAGGUGAAAUUGCAUUCCUUGCUUUAUAACUUCCUACAACACAUUUUUCAUAAGAUAUUUAACUAUAAAAAAAUUUUGGCACUUUGAACAGCAAUGCAAUUUGAUUUUGCUUUAUACUUACUCUAAAAUUGUAUACUUGUGCAUUGUUUACACUGCCAAAUAAGAAUAUUUUACAACAGUUUCACCACCUGGACACUUAAGUUUUAUAAAACUUACUUCUGCCAGUACACUUUUCUGCUCAGGGAAACUUUAUUUUUGUUUUAUUUAAGUUAUUGAUCGGUUUACCUUUUUUAUUUUUAUUUUCUUUACAUAAUUAAAUUAUUACAUUUUAAUCAAGUAACACAUAAAAAUUGUAGCUCUCUCAUUUCAUUUAUUUUUAAAAAUUAUAUAUUUCAUGUAACUUCUUGGGUCUUAAUUUUAGUGUUGGAAGGUAUUCCCUCCAACACAAGUAUACAUGUCAACCUUCAGCUUUCUUUGUCCAUCCAAGAACAAUCUACAAGGCAGCAGUUGUUCGAUUUUGAAGUUGUCUCUCCUAGAAGAGUUGCUUUUUCCAGCAACCUCUUCUGCCCAAUUCAUGUAACUUAUCCUUUAAUGUUUUGGUGUGACACCUCAUAGGACUACCUAGUAAAGGACAUAAUCUUUUGUAGUGUUCCAACUGGAUUGCAGGUCCUGUGGGUCCGAAUUUCUGAUGUUUGUUUUUACUCGUCUGCCAAAUGAACUGGUAUUUCGGCGGUCAUGGGAUACCUAAGUAUCAGGCUAGGCAUAGCUUUUCACCAGACACUCAGUAACAUGAGCCGGUGACAUGAUUUAUGAUGUUCAGAAUUGCAGUACAUGGUGUCGGCACUUAGAAGUGCUUAGUAUAGUUGUAGUGUUAAGUAUAGGCCUAAUGAAAAACUAUAUGCCAGUGUCACAUACAUGGCAUUUUAUACCUCAUUGACUUUUUAUGCUUUGUCAUUUUAUACCUCAUUAGCAUUUUAUACCUCAUUAGCAUUGCAUACCUUUUUGGCAAUCUAUACCUCAUUAGCAUUGUAUACUCAUUUCUUAACAUUCAUUCAGGGUCAUUCCCUGAAAGCACUAGUUGCCCUGACAUUCAGUUACUUCACCUGUGAUUUGUACACAUUAUCCUUAUCCCCU